AGCACCAAAUAUUCCCUCACUUCCACCUAGGGUUUUUUGUUCUGAGACCUCCCACAAAAGCACCUUUCUUCCCUUUUCCCUUCUUUAACAUUCUAAAAACAACGCUUCAGUAUAGUCGUCGGCGUAGCAGAGAGGAAUUAAAAAGGAAAAAAAAAAGCGAAAAUGGCUGCACCCGAAGCUCCUCUCUGCUAUGUCGGCGUCGCUCGCCAAUCUGCUGCUUUUCGCCUCAUGAAGCAAAUGGGGUGGGAAGAAGGAGAAGGUCUCGGGAAAGAUAAACAAGGGAUCAAAGGUCACGUUAGAGUUAAAAACAAGCAGGAUACUACCGGUAUUGGAUUAGAUAAGCCAAAUCCGUGGGCUUUUGAUACAGCUCAGUUUGAUAGUAUUCUCAAAGGAUUGAAAGUGAAGCAGGCAGUGCAAACCAACGAUGAAGCUGAAAAGAAUGAAAAUCAAGUGGAAACAAAGAGUGAUGAGCCUAAUGACACUGAAGAACAAGUUGUUAAGGCUACCCGGCCACAGGGAAGAUAUAAGAAAAGAGAAAGAGGGAAGCUUGUACAUGCAUAUUCUUCGAGGGAUCUUGAAGGAAUUCUUGCCAAAAAGGUUGAGGAGUCACUACAGGUAAAUCCUGAUGUGGUUGGUGAAAUGGAGAUCAUAGAGACAACUGAAACAAAUGAUUUUUCCACUGAAGGAAAUAAAGUUGAAAGUGUUUCUCCAGAAUGGUGGGGCUUUAAAUAUGGAUUUGUUUCUGGAGGUUUUCUGGGAGAAACUACCCGAAGGAAAUCAAUAAAAACUGGAGAGUCUAAAAAUUCUACUGAGAGAACUGUAUUUUAUGAAGAUGACCAAGAGAAUCUCUACAAACUUGUGCAAGAUAAAGCCACAACUGGAAAGCAAGGUCUGGGCAUUAAAGACCGACCAAAGAAAGUAGCUGGAGUUCACUUUCAGGGGAAAAAGACAUCAUUCAGCGAUAGUGAUGGCGAGGAUUCUGAUGAUGUUGGUCCUCCAGCAAAACGAAUGCGUGAAAAUGCAUUAGAAACGGAGAAAGCUGAUGAGCCAAAACUAAGGUUGAAAAAGCUGUGUAAACGGCUUCUUCGUCAGGUACCUGGAGAUUCAUUAAAGUUGAAGCAGCUGAAAGUUCUUAUUGAUGAACAGUCAACUUUGGUUUUUUCCAGCUUUUCUUCAAAGAAAGAUGCUAUUGCCUACUUAAAGCGAAAGCUUGAAGGUAGUAGCAAGUUUUCUGUUGAGGGAAAGCGAGUGAGUCUUACAUCUAGAAGCGGGUAGGUUUGUGUAAAACAGUCAUGUCAAACAAAAUUAAGUUCUGCCUAAAGCCUGAAACUGGUAAACUGUUUUUAAGUUGUAUUAUUAGUUGCAAAGAGAUCAAUAGCAGUGAUAGACCCAGUGCUAGAAGUGGCAAAAUCUAGAAGGAGAAAUAUAUCGGCAUUCGAUUGGUAAUAAUCGGCUUGGGUUUAAUCUAUAGAUCAAGUCGAGUGUGGCCAAUCUGCCCUUAAGGUACCUUUGGAUUUCAUCUCACAGUUUCCAGAACUGGGCUGGACAGGGAACCGGCUUGGGUAUUGUCUUGAAUAUGUGGUUGGAUCAGUUCGAUUUGUGAAUUAGUUGAAUCAGGUGAUUGGACCAGCUGAAUGGUUUUUAUUUACCAACUUUUUUAUAUUUUUAAAUAAUUUAUUCAAUUGAAUUGGUUAAACUAGUUAAAUCAA